AUGUCGAACGUGUUUUUCCCAUAUUCCAAGGCGCCCUUGCGCACCAUCAAGGAAAUCCAGUUCGGCCUUUUCGCCCCCGAAGAGAUCAAGCGAAUGAGCGUCGUACACAUCGAAUACCCCGAGACAUUGGACGAUCAACGCCAGCGGCCUCGAACGAAGGGUAUCAACGACCCGCGUCUCGGUACGAUUGAUCGUCAAUACAAUUGCGAAACCUGCGAAGAGGGUCCAAAGGAAUGUCCUGGUCAUUUUGGUCACAUCGAGCUUGCGUCUCCGGUCUUCCACAUCGGUUUUUUGACCAAAAUCAAGAAGCUUCUUGAGACAGUCUGCCACAACUGUGGAAAGAUUAAGGCCAACACGGCCGAUCCCAAGUUCAUAGAAGCCCUCCGAUACCGUGAUCCCAAACGACGCUUCGACGCCAUUUGGCGACUUUCCAAGGAUGUCUUGGUCUGUGAAGCCGACGAACCAGACGACGACGAACUUUCAAAGGACGCCCCGAAGAAGCGCUCUCAUGGCGGCUGCGGUAACGCCCAACCCACUGUUCGCAAGGAAGGAAUCGCUCUUGUCGGAACAUGGAAGCCCAGCAAGGCUAUGAUGGAGGACGAGAUGGCUCAGCCAGAGAAGAAAACCAUCACCCCUGCGAUGGCACUGAACAUCUUCCGGAAUAUCUCUCAUGAAGACACCCGCAUCAUGGGUCUCAGCAACGACUACGCUCGUCCCGAGUGGAUGAUCCUCACCGUCCUGCCGGUUCCUCCCCCAACCGUUCGCCCCAGCGUUGUUAUGGGAACCACGAGUGGUGCCCGUGGUGAGGAUGACUUGACUUACAAGCUUGCCGAAAUUGUCCGCGCAAAUUCAAACGUUCAGCGCUGUGAACAGGAAGGAGCACCAGAGCACGUAAUCCGUGAAUUUGAGUCCCUCCUUCAGUACCACAUCGCUACUUACAUGGACAACGACAUUGCUGGCCAGCCCACGGCCAUGCAGAAGGGAAACCGCCCCGUCAAGGCUCUCCGCAGUCGUUUGAAGGGUAAAGAGGGUCGUUUGCGUCAGAACUUGAUGGGCAAGCGUGUCGAUUUCUCGGCUCGUACCGUUAUCACUGGUGACCCUAACCUGUCACUUGAUGAAGUCGGUGUCCCCUUGUCAACCGCUCGUGUUCUCACUUACCCGGAGGUUGUCACCCCAUACAACAUUGAAAAGCUGCAGCAGUUGGUCGCAAAUGGACCCAACAUUCACCCCGGUGCACGAUAUAUUGUUCGUGACAACGGUGAACGUAUUGAUCUUCGUCACGCCAAACGUGCUGGUGCUCAGCAGUUGCUCUAUGGCUGGAAGGUCGAGCGCCAUCUCGACGACGGUGAUUAUAUUCUAUUCAACCGUCAGCCAUCUUUGCACAAGGAAUCCAUGAUGGGUCACCGCGUCCGCGUCAUGCCCUUCUCCACCUUCCGCAUGAACUUGUCUGUCACCAGUCCUUACAACGCUGAUUUCGAUGGUGACGAGAUGAACUUGCACGUUCCCCAGGGUGAAGAGGCGCGUGCUGAGCUUGCCGAGCUGACGCUGGUUCCCAAGAACAUUGUUUCUCCCCAGCGUAACGGUCCUCUGAUGGGUAUUGUGCAGGAUACCCUUUGCGGUAUUUACAAGAUCUGCCGGCGUGACACAUUCCUUAGCAAAGAUCAGGUCAUGAACCUUAUGCUCUGGGUUCCUGACUGGGACGGUGCAAUUCCUCCGCCUGCUAUCCUCAAGCCCCGGCCGCGCUGGACUGGAAAGCAAAUGAUCAGCAUGGCUUUCCCCUCUGGCCUCAACCUUCUGCGUGUUGAUAAGGAUGGUUCGCCUUUGGCUGAGAAGUUUAGCCCCCUCAACGAUGGUGGCCUCUUGAUCCAUGGUGGACAGCUCAUGUACGGUAUGCUUUCCAAGAAGACCGUCGGUGCUAGCGGAGGCGGUGUCAUUCACACCAUCUUCAACGAGUAUGGCCCCGAUACUUGUGUCAAGUUCUUCAAUGGAGCCCAAACCAUCGUUGGUUACUGGUUGUUACACCAUGGUUUCAGUAUCGGUAUUGGUGACACAAUCCCCGAUCAGAAUACCAUCGAAAAGAUCGAGGAAGCUGUCCGGAAUCGCAAGCAGGAGGUCGAAGAAAUCACUGCUAGCGCUACCGAGAACACCCUGGAGGCCCUUCCGGGUAUGAACGUGCGUGAGACAUUCGAAAGCAAGGUCUCUCGUGCUCUGAACAACGCUCGUGACGAGGCUGGUGAUGCGACCGAGAAGAGUCUGAAGGAUUUGAACAAUGCUAUUCAGAUGGCGCGCUCUGGCUCCAAGGGUUCCGCAAUCAACAUCUCACAGAUGACUGCCCUUGUCGGACAGCAAUCCGUCGAAGGCAAGCGUAUUCCGUUCGGAUUUAAGUAUCGUACCUUGCCUCACUUCACUAAGGAUGAUUACUCCCCCGAGUCUCGUGGAUUCGUGGAGAACUCUUACCUUCGUGGAUUGACUCCCACUGAAUUCUUCUUCCACGCCAUGGCUGGUCGUGAAGGUCUCAUUGAUACGGCCGUUAAGACCGCCGAAACAGGUUACAUCCAGCGUAAGCUGGUCAAGGCACUUGAAGAAGUCAUGGUUAAAUACGAUGGCACUGUUCGCAAUUCUCUUGGCGAUAUCAUUCAGUUCAUCUAUGGAGAGGAUGGUCUCGAUGGAGCCCACAUCGAGAACCAGCGGGUUGACCACAUCAAGUGCUCCGACGAGAAGCUCAGGGAACGAUUCCGUGUGGAUGUCAUGGAUCCCGAGUGCACCCUUGGUCCGGAGGUUUUGGAGCAGGCUAACGAAAUUGCUGGUGACAUCGAGGUACAAAAGUACUUCGAUGAAGAAUGGGAGGCUAUUCUCAAGGAUCGUGAGUUCUUGCGCACCGUGGUCAAGGAGGAUGAGGAGAUGAUGCAGCUUCCCAUCAACAUUCAGCGUAUCCUUGAGAUGGCUAGAACUACUUUCCGCAUUCGCGAGGGCACAAUCAGUGAUUUGCACCCUGCCGAGGUCAUUCCUCAAGUGCAGCAGCUCUUGGACCGCCUGGUCAUCGUUCGUGGCGAUGACCCAAUUUCCCGGGAGGCGCAGGUCAAUGCGACUUUGCUUUUCAAGGCGCAAUUGCGCAGUCGCCUGGCUUUCCGCCGUCUUGUCACGGACUACUCGCUCAAUAAGCUUGCAUUCCAGCAUGUUCUUGGCGCCAUCGAAAGUCGCUUCGCUCGUGCGGCUGCUAACCCUGGUGAAAUGGUCGGCGUUCUUGCGGCUCAGUCCAUUGGUGAGCCCGCUACGCAGAUGACCCUGAACACCUUCCACUUUGCUGGUGUUUCGUCUAAGAACGUUACGCUUGGUGUACCGCGUCUGAAGGAAAUUCUCAACGUUGCCACAAACAUCAAGACGCCAUCCAUGACUGUCUACCAGGAAGGCAUGCAGACUCACGACAAAGAGGGAGCCAAACUUCUCCGAAGUCUUGUGGAACACACCAGUCUUCGCUCUGUCACGGAAUCGACUGAGAUCUACUAUGAUCCCGAUAUUCAGUCGACCGUUAUUGAGAACGAUCGGGAUAUGGUCGAAUCGUACUUCAUUAUCCCUGAGGAUAACGCCGAGGAUGCGUCCCGGCAGUCCAAGUGGCUGCUCCGUAUCAUUCUCAGUCGACCUGCUCUUCUUGACAAGGGUCUCACAGUCCAGGACGUCGCUGCUAGGAUCAAGGGUCAAUACCCUCGUGACAUUGCAGUCAUCUUCAGUGAUAACAACGCCGAUGAGCAAGUCAUUCGUAUCCGACAGGUUCAAGACUACAAGGAUGAUGAUGACGAGGACGUUGAGUACGACGUUACACUCAAGAAGCUAGAGCAGCAUCUUCUGGACACUUUGACCCUUCGUGGUGUUCCCGGUGUUGACCGUGCUUUCAUCAACGAGAAGAGCAAGGUCCGUGUCAUCGAAGAUGGUUCGCUCCACACUAGCAAGUCCGAUCCCCUUUGCAAGGAGUGGGUUCUGGAAACCAGUGGAUCCUCCCUCGCUGCUGUUCUCUCGAUUCCUGGUGUUGACGCCUCGCGCACAUACUCUAACCAGUUUAUUGAGAUUUUCGAGGUCUUUGGUAUCGAGGCUGCCCGUACAGCGGUGCUUCGCGAGUUGACACUGGUGCUUGCCUUCGAUGGUUCUUACGUUAACCACCGUCACUUGGCUCUUCUUGUCGAUGUUAUGACCGUUCGUGGUUAUCUGACUCCUGUUACUCGUCAUGGUAUCAACCGUGCCGACAACGGUGCUCUCAUGCGUUGUUCGUUCGAAGAGACUGUCGAGAUUCUUCUCGAGGCUGCUGCUUUCGGAGAGCUUGAUGACUGCCGCGGUGUGUCGGAGAACUUGAUCCUUGGACAGAUGGCGCCCGCCGGAACGGGUGAGUUUGACGUCUUCUUGGACCAGGGCUUACUCAACACUGUCGUGUCCAAUAAUGCCCGCUUCAGCCUUAUGGGUGCGGUUGGCGCCAAGGAUGCCAUCCUUUCGGACGGUGCUGCUACCCAGUACGACACUGGAUCUCCUAUGGCCAGCUCCCCCUACAUGGCCGGUGGCGAUCCCGAUGCGACGUUCUCGCCCAUGCACCAGAUUGGGCAAGAACCCACUGGAGGAUUCACUGAGUACCAGCCUUCCGCUGUUAGUGGUGCCUUUGGUGGGCUCAGCCCUGCUGCUCGCAGCCCCAUGUAUGCUCCGACAAGUCCGUUCAAUACCAGCCCGACGUCUCCUGGAUACUCUCCAUCGUCCAGCUACUCUCCUACCUCUCCAGGCAUUGGCAUGAUGACCUCCCCUGGCUUCUCGCCUUCCAGCCCCUCCUUCCAGCCAACAUCCCCGGCUUAUUCCCCAACUUCGCCUGCAUACGGCCAAGCCUCGCCAACUUCGCCGUCAUACUCACCGACGUCUCCUGGGUUCUCGCCAACUUCACCCAACUACAGUCCGACAUCACCCAGUUUCAGUCCGGCCUCGCCAGCGUUUAGUCCGACUUCGCCGAGCUACAGUCCUACCAGUCCAGCGCUUGGUGGUGCUCGACACUUGUCACCCACAUCCCCAACUUCUCCUAAGUACACACCCACUUCGCCUGGCUGGUCUCCCACGAGCCCCCAAUCAUACUCGCCAACUUCACCGAACUUCUCUGGUUCCCCGACGUCGCCCACCUCUCCGGCUUACAGCCCGACAUCUCCGGCUUACAGCCCUACGUCGCCUCGCCAGUGA